AUGUCGACAUCCAAUCACGACGACGUUGGGGUCAAGGCAGAGACAACGACGCCCGUGUUUCAAAAUCCGUACGAGGGCCAUAGGAGCUUGUCGGCCUCAGAGCAGCAAGUGCUGGGCGAGUAUGCCCGCCUAGCAGCAACGCUGCGUCGCGUAGCGAAUCUCAGCACGCAGCUAUCAUCCAGUGCACUUCAUACCGAUGUCCUCAAUGAGCUACGUGCGAUUGAGCGCAAGAUGGGGCUGGUGCUUACUCUCUUCAAAGCGAGUGUGUGGGCGAUUGUGAUGCAACAAACGGAUGGCGAGGAAGAUGCAGAGGACAUGGGCCAGGAGGCAGAUGUUAUGCCUUAUGAUACCAUUGCAGAGGAGCCUGAGGAAGAUGAGGUGGACGUGGAACCUGCUGCCCGCGCAGCGCGUGUGUCACGAUGGCAAUAA